AUGACCGAGUCUGAUAUCGGCUCGUCAUUCAUCCCUGCCUUGUAUAAACCAUCAGCGCUUCUUCCAGUAGCAAAGCACCGCGAGAGGCUACUCUACUUGAUUGAAACAUUCCCCGUCACUAUUGUUGUUGGUCAGACCGGCUCUGGCAAGACCACCCAAAUUCCACAGUUCCUCGAGCAAGGGGGCUGGUGCAAUGAUGGCAAAGUUGUUGCCGUGACCCAGCCCCGACGGGUGGCUGCUACGACAGUGGCACUGAGAGUAGCUGAGGAGUAUGGUUGUGAAGUCGGCAAGGAGGUCGGGUACUCCAUACGAUUUGAGGACGUCACGUCCGCGUCAACUCGGAUAAAAUUCCUAACAGAUGGGCUACUGAUACGCGAGGCGCUUGUCGAUCCCCUGCUUACGAGAUAUUCCGUGAUCAUGGUUGAUGAGGCGCAUGAGCGGUCGAUCAGCACCGACAUCCUGCUGGGAUUGCUCAAGAAAAUCCGCAAGCGCAGACCUGAGCUACGCAUCAUCAUCAGCAGUGCUACUCUUCAAGCCGAGGAAUUCUUGAGCUUCUUUUCGGCCGACCAGGAUCAAAACGCCGAGGGGAAGAAUGGCGCACAGCCAGUCGGCCAAAUCAUCAGCCUCGAAGGAAGGACAUAUCCUAUCGAUGUGCUCUACCUCGAAACGCCCGCAGAAGAUUAUCUCGAGCUUGCCAUCUCGACGGUACUCAACAUACAUACAAAGGAACCAAAUGGAGACAUCCUCGUCUUCUUGACAGGCCGUGAGGAGAUCGACACAGCUGUGCAGGCGGUCGCCGAACGGGCAGCCCAGCUUGCUCCAGAGGCACAAGCACUGCAGCCGCUACCAUUGUAUGCUGGGCUGCCUGCAGAUCAGCAAAUGUAUGUGUUCGAGGAAGCGGCGGAAAAUACUCGAAAAGUCAUCUUUUCGACCAAUAUUGCCGAGGCAUCAGUCACCAUCGAGGGCAUUGUUUACGUCAUCGACUGCGGCUUUGUAAAGCUUCGUGCUUUCAAUCCUAGGACAAGCAUUGAGACUUUGACGGCAACCCCGGUAUCAAAAGCUUCUGCAAGGCAGAGGGCGGGAAGAGCAGGUCGCACUAAGCCGGGCAAGUGUUUCCGGCUUUACACCGAGGAUGACUACCUCGCACUACCUGACGCGAACGUGCCGGAAAUCCAGCGGACAAAUCUGGCGCCUUUCAUUUUGCAACUUAAAGCUUUGGGCAUUGACAACGUCCUCCGCUUUGACUUCUUCACACCGCCGCCUUCUGAGCUUAUGGUGAAGGCAUUGGAAUUGUUGUACUCCCUUGGGGCACUAGACGACUAUGCCAAGCUGACCAAGCCUCUGGGUCUGAGGAUGGCAGAGCUCGCCGUCGAGCCCAUGAUGGCCAAAACAUUGCUUUCGGCGUCCUCCUUUCAGUGCCUUAGCGAGAUUCUCACUAUAGCCGCAAUGACGAGCCUCGGAGGUAGUAUCUGGAUCCAACAUGACGGGGAGAAGAAGCGGCUAGAAAGUUCGAGAAGGAAGUUUGCUGCUGAGGAAGGAGACCAUCUGACGCUGUUGAAUGUCUAUCACGCUUUCGUGAGCAAGGGGCGCAAGGAAGCAAAAUUCUGCCAUGAAAACCUUCUCAAUUACAAGGCGAUGACUCGGGCAGUCAGUAUCAGGAACCAACUCAGGAGAUAUCUCGAGCGGUUCGGUAUCAACGUGGAGGAAUCGCUGUCUGCGCAGUCCGGAGCCAACGCCAUCAACAAGGGUGAACAAAUCCGGCGAUGCCUCACAACUGGAUACUUUGCCCACGCAGCGAGAAUGCAGGCAGAUGGUACUUUUCGCAACAUUGCAGGAGGAACCACGCUUCACGCCCAUCCGAGCUCCUUGAUGUUCAAUCGCAAGGCGGACUGGGUCAUCUUCCAUGAGGUUAUGGAGACCGGCGAUAAGACAUAUAUCAGAGAUAUCACCAAGAUCGAGAAGAACUGGCUGCUUGAGUACGCGCCAGACUUUUACCAGACAACCUCAUAG